AUGGAGCCGAGUCCUAUUUCUGUCGAAGCGGCCCACGCGCCUGCGCUCCCUGUCAAGGCCAAGACAGCUCUCACGGAAGCACUCGAAGAUAUACUUUUUGGAUCGACUGCCGGUGCCGUUGGCAAAUACAUCGAAUACCCUUUCGACACAGUCAAGGUUCGACUGCAGAGCCAGCCCGACCACCUCCCGCUACGAUAUACUGGUCCAAUAGAUUGCUUCCGACAAGCUAUCAAGAGCGAUGGAGUAUUGGGUCUUUACCGGGGUAUCACUGCUCCUCUGGUGGGCGCUGCCGCUGAAACUAGCAGUCUGUUCGUCUUUGAAAGUCUUGGUCGCGAACUGCUUUUUGCAAGCAACAUGGCCUCUCGAGAACAGGGACUUUCAUUGCCGCAUCUUUGGUUGACUGGUGCUUUCUCUGGAGCCUUUACGUCUUUUGUUCUUACGCCAAUUGAGCUUGUCAAGUGCAGGAUCCAGGCCCCGUUGUUGGGCGACGGCUCCGCUGGUGUUCCUCUCCGUCCCAUUCCCGUCAUCAAACAUGUCUUUCGCCAUGAAGGCCUUCGCGGUUUCUGGCACGGUCAGCUCGGUACGCUGAUUCGAGAAGCAGGCGGUGGUUCUGCUUGGUUCGGUGCCAAGGAGACGGUGACAAGCAUGUUCUAUCAGCACAAGGCGAAGACAGCUACAUCAGCAGCAGAGAAGCAGAAGAUCCUUGACACCCCACUACCGUUCUGGCAGCAGGCGAUUGCUGGUGCAUCGGCGGGUGUUUCAUACAACUUCUUGUUCUUCCCUGCGGACACAAUCAAGUCACGAAUGCAAACGGCCGCCGUCAGUGACCUUGUGCAACGACGAACAUUCUGGCAAGAAGGCACUAUACUGUGGCAGCAGCACGGUGUUCGAGGCAUGUACCGCGGCUGCGGUGUUACAUGCAUCCGGUCAGCGCCGAGCUCGGCAUUUAUCUUCAUGGUUUAUGACGGAUUAAAGCGAAACUUCCCCCUCCAAUAA